UGACAACAGCAGAACUGAUGUGACUGAUGUUUGGACUAACAUGACUGAGCAUCCAACCCAGAAAGGAUGAGCCUGAAGACAAAGAAAAAUGCUCGAUCGUCCUUCGGGCAGUCGGCACCACCCUUCAUUGACUACCUAAAAGAUAUUCUUCGUCGAUAUCCAGAUGGUGGACAAAUUUUGAAGGAGCUGAUUCAAAAUGCAGAUGAUGCUCGAGCCACAAAAGUGGUUUUCAUCCAUGAUGAGAGAAGCUAUGGGACCAACAGCCUUUGGACUGAGGAACUGGGAAAAUACCAAGGUCCCGCUCUCUAUGCCUACAACAAUGCUACAUUCACUGAUGAAGACUGGAAAGGAAUUCAGGAGGCUGGGAGGAGUGUCAAGCGCAAUGACCCAAACAGAGUCGGGAGGUUUGGAAUCGGCUUCAACUCUGUUUACCACACAACAGAUGUGCCGACCAUAUUCAGUGCAGGUCACCUUGGCUUGUUGGACCCCCAAGAAAACAUAUUUGGAGCAAGAAAUCCAGGUUUUCUGUGGUCUUUGGCUGAAGCAGAAGACCAAGAAGCUCUGAUGACCAUGCGUGAUCAGUUCCAACCGUUCCGAGAUAUAGUUUCGCUUGUAAGCGGACAAGAGUGGUCAAAAGUUGUCAUGGACGAUCAGAAAUUUGAUGGAACAAUUUUCAGAUUCCCUUUGCGCAAUGAGCCGUCGGAAAUUUCAGAUAAUCUAUAUGACUCUGCUAAAGUGGUCGAGCUGUUUGAUAGCUUCAUUGCAGAUGCAGACUUAAGCCUCCUGUUCCUCAAAAAUGUGACCUCUGUGUCAUUGAUACAUAUUGAUGUACAUGGCACUGUGAACCCCAGAGUUGAGGUGAAAUCCUCAUUCCCCACAGAUGUCAUUUUGGGGUCAGAAGACAUGUCAAUGAUUGAGGGUCUGACAAAGUUCAAAGUAAUUUCCCUCAACUCAGACACCCACAAAGAAACAAAGUGGCUUGUGUCAACAUGCACCAUGAAAGAAGGCAAUGUAGAAAAUCUUGAUUCACUCGCAGAAAAGUUGAGCUUUUUCCCUCAAGUUGACUUGGCAUUCCCUUGUAGCGAGAAGAGAGACUGUAGUGAGAGUAGAUUGAGCUGCUUUCUCCCCCUCCCAAACAAUGAAUCCAACAAGACAGGACUCCCAGUUUAUGUCAACGCAUGCUUUGGUCUCACAGACAACAGACGACACAUCAAGUGGCAAGAGGAAGACCAGAAACAUGAUGAACAUGCUGUGUGGAACGAGCUGCUGAUGAAGGAGGUGCUCCCACAGGCGUAUCUCAAGAUCAUUCAAGAUGCCAUCAGUCUUGCCCAGCAGUCUAUUCUCUCUGUCGCUUCCGUGUACGAUCUGUGGCCAGAUCUUGCUCAGGUACAGCACAAAGACAAAUGGCAUGCCGUUGCUCUGGAUGUUCUUCGUCACUUAUUCAGACAGAACAUGGCUGUCCUGUCUCUUGCCAAAGAUGAAAGAAAGUUUAUCACUCCAUCAGAAGCUGUGUUCCCCUGUAAUGGUCCGACAAGCCCUGACAUACUGGCCGCCAUUAAAAGGACUUUGAUUUCUUGUGGAGAAAAUCUUGUCACACUGCCAGAUAGCGUUGCAAGAGCCAUAAAUGAGGCCUAUCCACACCUCAGCACCCUAAAACGCGUGACUCCGACUUUCCUAAGGGAAAUUCUCCGCAGGAUCUCUAUGCAAAACAUCUCUAAAGAUGAUAGACUCUGUCUUUUAGAGUACAUUUUGAGUGAUGGAAAAUACGGAGAACUCAAGGGUCUUCAGCUGCUUCCACUCAAUGAUGGCUCCUUCAGAUCCUUCACAGACAGAGAGGAGGACACUGCUUUAAUUGACAGCAAUGAAUUUCCAAGAGCCUUGCUGCCAUGCUGCAAACACCUCUUCAUCCCAGAUGAUCUCAGUGAAGCCUGCAUUGCCCACCUGAAAGAACUGGCCAGAAAAAAGUUAUUCAAGGUGAUCAACAUUGAUGUAGACAAGGUGGCUGAAUAUACAAGGAAGUAUUUACCACAGGAUUGGAAGCAGACCAGGACAGGGCUUGUUACCUGGGACAUCAACAGCAGUCAGCAUCCACCUUUAGACUGGCUCCAAGAAUUCUGGAAAUUUCUCAACACCCACUUCAAAGAGUUAAGUCGUUUCACUGGAAUACCAUUAAUACCAGUCAGUCCCCUGUCUGUCAGUCAGGCUGUUACACUAGCACAACUACAACAGAACACAACCCUCAUUUUCCAGAAAAGCAAGCAGAAUAGUUUACCAGAUCAAAUAGCUCAGUUGGUGACCAACGCUGGUGGCACAGUGGUGAGAGGAAAUGAGUGGCUCCAGCAUGUAGACCUAGAUUCUUAUGUGCUGUGCCCGUCUCCAAGGAGCGUCAUGAAAGUCUUUGUGAAUUUAGAUUCCCAGCAUCUCAUCGGAAAACUCAAGAUGGCCUCUCACAGAGUACGAGAAGAAGUAAAAGAUUAUCUCUCUCGCCUGGAUUCUCUCUCAAAGUGUGAGAAAGAUUUACUCUCACAAUUACCUCUGUUUCAAACCAUGAAAGGAUUGUGUGCUGCAGCUCAAUCAAAACAGGCUGUGCUUCUAAUUUCUGGUCUAAGAGUACCAACGGAGUUCCCUAUGCCUGAUUCAGUUGUGAAGUGUGCUACUGAAGUUGAUCGUAGACUGUUACAGCUACUCAAAGUCAAUCUCUUGCACACGGCUGAAGCAGCCAAUCUCCUCAUUGACUGUAUUGAGAAGCGGUCUUGCAGCAAAGAAGACACUGAGAAUAUUAUGACCUGGAUUUUACAGCACGGUAAUAUCCUUUUCCCUCAGAAUCAGACCUUGAAACGCAGAUGUAAGGACUUGAGCUUCAUUGAAGUGAAUGGAGAGCUGAAAAAGGCCUCAAGCUUUUUUGAUCCAAGAAUUCCAGCUUUUACAGUCAUUUUUCAGUCAGACUUCUUCCCCCCAUGUCUAUACACUUGCACAUCGCAGAUGCUUGAGAGCCUAAACGAACUUGGAUUGCUAAAUAAAGAAGGAGAUGUGUCACCUCUGCAUUUGUUGCAUGCUGCCACACUGAUUGACAAAAUGCAUGUCAACUCUAAAACUGAGGCUCUCAAAAGAGCUCAGGUGCUCUUGAAAAUGUUGGAUACUAAUAAUCUAUUGUCAAAGUUUUCUCACGAGCAGCUUCAGCAACUUAAAAUGCUAAAAUGGGUCCCAUGUGAUAAACCUGGUAAUGGCAAAAAACAAUGCGAUGACAAAUCUCAGGAAAGUUGUUUCUUCUGCCCAGAUGAAAUAAGACAUUCUGUGUUCAAGGACAUUGUUGGGCAUGUGAUGCCUCUGGUGGGAAAGCUCAGUGACAGAGAUAGCAACACACUUGGUCUCAAACGCCGACCCCCACCCGAAAAAGUGAUAGAGAAUUUGUCAUUCUUGACAUCAAAAGUGCAGGAAAUGGCUGAUCCUGACACAGAUGUGCAUUUCAAAGGGGAGCUGUAUAGCAUUUACAAACACAUGCAAGACCACAUCUCUGAAUUUACAGCAAUGAUAAAUAGGGACACACGCUGGCUGUGGUGCCACAACCAAUUUGUUUCACCAAAGGAUCUGGUUCUUGACUAUCCACAUAAUCUAGACCUGAGCUCUUACAUUGGAAAGGUGCCAAAUGAAUUUCGGUCAUUCAGUAAGUUGCUCAGGGAUUUUGGUGUGAGAACAUUGCUUUCAGAUGAAGAAAUUGUCGACAUUCUUCAUUCUAUCCAAAAAACUAUUGAAGGAAGGCAGCAGCCACUUGCAAGUUCAUCUGAGGUAAAAGUGUCAGUAGAAAUUCUUAACUGGCUGUGGAAAGAGAAAAAGACUGUUAAAGUUAAGGAUGACAUCCCGGUGCCAGUCAUUAUAGAAGGUGAGCAAUACACGCUGAAACCACGGUCAAAAGCAGUCUUCUGUGACCUAAGCAAAAAUGGGUUGAAAGAGCUUAUGUAUAACCAGGAGGAAAUUUAUGUCAUACAUGAGGAAAUCCCAAAAGCAACGGCCGAAUGGUUGGACAUUCGAUUUCUCAGUACCUACAUCCUCGGUCCAGAGUUAGUUGGAAUAGAACAGUUUGGACAAUCUGAGCCAAUAACAACGAGGAUUAAAAACAUUCUUAAAGAAUAUGAUGAAGAAAGUGACAUCUUCAAAGAGCUCAUUCAAAAUGCAGAAGAUGCUGGGGCAAAGACCUGCAAAUUCUUGAUGGAUUUCAGAGUACACACAGAUGCCCCUGAAAGUCUUAUUGACCCUGACAUGGCCCUUUGUCAAGGACCUUGUCUUUGGGCAUUUAAUGAUGAGCAGUUCACAGCUGAGGACUGGGAAAAUAUUGUCAGAGUUGGCGCUGCCUCGAAAGAAAACAAGGUGGAAAAAAUUGGAAUGUUUGGACUUGGAUUCAAUACUGUGUAUCAUGUGACAGAUGUUCCCUCCAUCCUUAGUGGCAACAGUCUUCUCAUCCUUGAUCCAAAUGUAACUCACCUUAAAAAGCACAUCAAACACAAAACAAAUCCUGGAAUCAAGCUUGAUCUCUCUCAGCAGCGACUUUUCAAUUGGUUCCCUGGUCAGUUUGGACCAUAUGAACGCAUUUUUGAUUGUAAUUUCACCAGACAAAGUCCUCCUGAACCGUAUCAGGGUACUCUGAUCAAACUACCUUUCCGAACUGAAAAAGAGGCUGCCAAGUCAGAAAUAAGCACAAAGGUGUAUCACAAACACAAUAUCAUCACUUUUCAACAGCACCUUACUAACAAUUCGCAAACUCACCUGCUUUUUCUAAAGAACGUCAAUGCAUUAUCUCUACAAAGUAUCCCAAACAAUGUAACCACGCCACCAAGAGAUGACGAAAAAGAAACCGUCUUCACCGUCUCCAAAACCACUGAGAGUACAAUGAGGAUUCCAGAUGAAACCACUGUGUCAAAGCAGCAUCAAGCUGAGAAUUUGCUGAUGAAACUUGAUGUAAAAUGCAAAGAGGUAAUUGACUGCUGCACAGUCAGUAUUGUCCAAAUCACCAGUCAGCAGUCUGGUGUAACUGAAGUCCUGUCCUGGCUCCUGUACAACUGCUUUGGAACACAUAAGUCAUUGAAAAUGGCCCUUCAAGAAAACAAGCAAGCCAAGUUCUCUUUGCCCAUCGGGGGGAUUGCUGUGCCUUUGCAAAAUGAUCCAGAAACUGGGAAACUGGCCCCAUUACAAACAGAUCUUGUUGGACAGGCAUUUUGUUUCCUUCCUCUUUCCAUUCACACAGGUCUUCCAGUCAAUGUAAAUGGAACAUUUGCUGUGACGAGCAACCGAAAAGGCCUGUGGGAGAGUGGAGUGAAACAUGACUGGAACAAAGCUCUUCUUCAGGAUCCUGUAGUGACAGCAUAUGUUACCACACUCUUGGCACUAAAGAAAAUGUCUGAAAACAAGCAAAUGGAAACUUACUGUUAUCACACCUUUUGGCCUGACAGAGAGAAAGUGAGUGAAACCUUCAAGUCUUUGGUGGAUGCAUUUUACUCCGCCAUUGCUCAGGAUCCCAUUGGCCCAGAGCUCUUUAGUGAUGGAGAACAUUGGUGCUCAAUGAACAAUGCCAUAUUUCUACAUGAGAGCAUUGAAAAGGAUAAAGACAGCGGUGCCCUUGCAGUGCAGGUGUGCAAGAAAUAUGUAAAGCCACCCAACUAUGUUGUUCCUCUUCCACAGUGGCUGAGAAAUGGCUUCAGACAGGCAGGCCUAGAAAAGGCUUUACAGAACAGAACAUGGAACUGGGUGAAGUUUUACCAAGAAGUAGUGUUUAACAACCUUGGUACCAUGGACCCUAUGAGUAGAGAUGCUCUGGUGUUGCAUGCAAUUGACCUUCAAAUCAAAGAAAUUGACAAUCUACUGGUCCACUACCCAUGUAUCCCCACAACUGGUGGACAGCUCCAGUGUAUCAAGAAACUUGUGAAUCCAUCAGAGAAAGUGGCCUGUCUUUUUGAACCAGAAGAGGGACGCUUGCUUGGUGGUACCAAAAAUGACUUUUGCUCCCCCAAAAGGAUUCAGCGCUUGCGGGAACUUGGAAUGGAAAGCGAUCAUCUCCCAUUGGAAGACAUUACAGAGAAAGCAGGCACAAUCACCAAAACCUGGAGCACUGACAGAAAGAAAGCAUAUGGGCGGUUGAAAUGCCUUCUUGAACUUAUGAAAGCUCACAUGCAUGAUGAAGACUCUCUUCACUGGGAAACACUGAGGAUGACUGAAUUUCUCCCAGCAUUUUUACCUGGUGAUACAAAAAUGGAAAGAAAUGUAACACUUAGAAGGCCCACUGAUGUUUUCAGUGACACAUGCUCCCUACUCGUUAACAUGACACAACCUGUGCUGGAUCUGAAUCUGAAAAUACACAACAAUGAUCCAGUCCUACAAAAAUUGGGAGUUCAGCACAGUCCAAGCGUUGAGACAGUGCUUCAGCAGCUGCAAGAAGCUUGUAAGCAAUCUCAGUCCAUUGACAGAGUCAUGCUUUACAAAAUAGCACAUGAAUGCUAUAGGAUUUUGGAUCAGUGGCUUACAAAUUUUGGGAAUUCCACUUUCAUUUCACAAAGGGCAAAUUCAUUCCCUUUCAUCCUUGUUGGCAGUACAUUUAUAAAUGUUGACUGUGUGGCUGAAAAUGGGCAAUUUGAAGCAAAACCCUACCUCCAUGUACUGCCACCUGCCUUUGCAAGUUUCAAGAAGCUCUGGGAAAGUGUAGGUGUUGAAAAGAAUUUUACAGUCAGUCAGUUUCUAACUGUGCUCCAGGACUUGCACCGUCGACAUGGAAACAAGCACCUGCCAAAGAGUGAUCUGUCAAUGUGCCUCAUGAUCUUAAACAAAGGGAUAUUCGAGGCGAAAGAGAAAACAGCAGGUGACUGUCUGAUACCCAAUGAACACGGCGUUUUACAACCUGCAAGUGAGCUGUUUUACAAUGACAGCCCAUGGAUGCCAGUGGCUUCAGGUGUCACAUUAUGCCAUGAGAAUAUUGCACGUGUUAUGGCUCGCCACUUUGGAAUCACAACAACCAGGCAUCAUACUCUGCAAAACCACAUUGCUGAGAACCUUUCACCAUCUUCAUUUCAGUUUAAACAGCAGGAGCAACUAACGGUCCGAAUUAAAAACAUCAUUUCAGCCUAUCCAUCAAAGAAGGAUAUCCUUAAAGAGCUGAUCCAAAAUGCUGAUGAUGCAGAGGCAACAGAAAUUCAUUUUGUUUGGGACAAACGUCAGCAUGGCACAACAAAAACAUUUGGGAAGAGAUGGAACCAUCUUCAGGGUCCAGCACUGUGUGUGUUCAACAACAAAGUGUUUUCUAAUGCUGACCUGGUUGGCAUUCAGCAACUGGGAGAAGGUGGAAAGCACAACACUCCAGGGAAGACGGGAAAAUACGGAGUUGGAUUCAACUCUGUUUACCAUGUAACUGAUUGCCCUUCAAUCCUCACUGGAGAUGAAUUACUGUGCAUAUCUGAUCCCAAUCAAAAAUUUAUUGAAAGUCAUUCAGACAAACCACUUCCUGGCAUUGGCUACAAACUAGCAGACACUUUCAAGAACAUGUACAUGGAUGUCUACAAAUCCUUUCUUCCAGACAAAUUUUCUCUUAAAGAUGGCACCAUGUUCAGAUUACCUCUCAGGAUGGGUACCAUGGCAAACAGCUCUAAAAUAUCACAACAGGCAGUCACUGACCAUGACAUGAAACAACUGUGCUCUGCCCUCUCUGAAGAUCCCGAAGGACUGAUUCUGUUUCUGAAAAAUAUCUGCAAAAUAAAAGUCCAUGAAAUCGACGACCAUUCAGGAGAACUCAAAACCAUCUUUGCGGUUGAGAAAAGUCUACCACAGACAAGCAGAGAACAAAAAGAUGCCUUUGUAAAACUUCAACAAAAUGCAUUACAGUCCGACAAACCAAUAAUACCACACAACGCCAUUUAUGGGACCGUGAUUUCAACCUCAGAUAAAAGACAAAGUAAGUGGAUCAUUGCAGAACAGUUUGGCUCAUUCAAAAACAGCGAUGGAAGAGAAAAAACACUAUCAGACAAACUUCCCCAAGCAGCAAUAGCAGCACGUGUGAGCUCAAAGAGCUGUAUUGAGUUCAGUGGAGAAGCCUUUUGUUCACUUCCUUUGCCAGGGAAAACAGGACUGCCAGUGCAUAUCAAUGCAAACUUCGAGGUAGAUUCUUCCAGGAGAAGCCUUUGGAAAGAAGAUGGGCAAAGUCCUAAAACUGUGUGGAAUGAAUCAUUAAAACAGAAUGUCAUCGCUCCGCUGUAUGCAGAUCUCCUUCAUUACAUCAGGUGUAACAGGGCAGAAAUAAAAGUCUCUCUGUCACGUAUUGAGGCAUACCUCAGCAACUCGUACUUGCAUUUUUGGCCAAAUGUGUCCAAAGAUGUUGAUCAGGGUUGGCAUGAAAUGAUACAUGAGGUAUACAGAUCAAUCAAAGAAAGAGGCCUUAACGUGAUUCCAGUGAUGAAGAGCUCAACACGUAUAACUGCUGGCCAUAAGUUAACAGAGUACUCCUUUGACUGGUGUGACAUCAGAGAAACAGAAUCAACAAAGGCAACCUACCUGACAGAUUCAGAAUAUGUUGAGAUCAAUCCCAUUUUAGAAGAUCUUGGGAUGAAAUUGGUUCCUUUUUCCAUUAAAAUGGAAAAAGUUUGGAGAAGUUUCAAAUCAGCUGGUGUUGAAGCAAAAUGUGUGAAUCCUUCAACUGUGCAGACUUUCCUGAGAGAAAAACCUCUCAAUGACCCAACCCAAACAGAUGAGGAAUUACCUCUGCCCAUAACUGCCACUCUGAUCAGAGAUGAAAAAAGAUGUUCAAAGCUCUUGAGUUUCUGCUUAAAAGAUUUCCUCAUGAAAAAGGUCACAGAGGACAAUUCCACUGCACUCAAUGGGCUUCCACUUCUUCUCACAAGAGAUAAAGUUUUGAGAGUGUUUAACUCCUCAUCUCCCAAGUGGAUAUCAGGAUAUGAGGGUCUGUUCCUGGGCUACAAUGACCAAUUUGCAGAUUAUCAGACAAACAGAGAAUACAUACGUGUUCUACAACCUUUUAACCUCGUCAAAAAUCUGACAGUCCCCUGUGCAGCAACAUAUCUGAAGCCGUUAAUUCAGACUCUUCUUCAGAGCUGUGAAGUUGAUCGACACACUGGUCUUCAUGUCCCAAAUGAGACAAUGUUGAAGUGGUUGAAUUUACUUUGGAGAUUCUUAACAAGUCAAAUUAAACCUGCAACAUCUAGUGAUGAUAAACAAAGUCUGACACUAAGUGAUGUGAAACAGCUCUUCAGUGACUGCUGCAUUUUACCUGUUGUGUGUCCAAGGUUAAAGAACAAGCAGUUCCUGCAAACAAUGAAAGACAUGCCAAGCGUGAUUCAGUUCGCUUCAGAAAGGGACAUAUCAGGCACCCUCUUCAAACUUGGUUUUAUGAAGCUUGACAAUGUGUUCUUCUCUGAGAUACAUGUAGAUCGACAGAUAACUUUACUACUGAACUGUGAACUAAUGGAUGUAAAUGAUAGAAGCUCUGUGUUGGACCAGGUUUAUAACAUUAACCACUCAGAGUUUUCCCGGCUUUCCCCUGAUGAGAUGAAUGAGCUUCAGACCUUCCUGCAGUCUGGAGUAUCCAAGGCCAAAGUCAAGCAAGACUAUCAGAGAAAGCUGAAGUCCUUACCAUUAUUUGAAACAAUACAUGGUAAAAGAGUGAGGAUUGAUGGGCCAAAAGAGGUAUUCAUCCUCGACAGCACACAUUCAAGGAUAUUUCCAGAUUUGUUCACCCUGUCCAACUGCAACAGCACUUUUCUCAAAAACACCCUAGAGAACUGCAGUCUGUCUCAAACACUGAACAUAAAAAUUCUGUCUGAUUUGGAGUAUUUCAUGAAGUUCAUUCUGCCUGUUGUACACAUUCUCACAGAAAGGCAAAUGCUUCAGUGCUUCAAGCUCUUACUGUCACUGCAAUAUCAUGGCAGUUAUUGUCAGUAUAGGGACCAAAUCAUCUCCUCAAUGAAGACAGUGAAAUUUAUUCGCAGUUCACAAGACAAGUUGGAGAUGGCAUCAUACUACUUUGAUGAGAGUGUUCCGCUGUACAAGAAAAUGUUGCCUGAAGAGAGAUUUGUGCCUAAGAGAUUUUGGGCUGAGUGUGAUGCAGGAACUCUAUCAUUAACAAAACAACCAAAAGAGCUGCUCAAAGAACUUGGAAUGAAACAUGUUGUGUCAAAAGAUGAAAUGAUAGGUUUUGCAUACCAGUUAGAAUCAGAAGCAAAGGGAAACGGGCAUCUUCAAGAGCUGAAAGAGAAAUCAACAUUACUUUUAAGUAAAGCCUUGAAUGAAGCGAGUUUUGACCAAACAUUGCUGAAGAGCAUUGCUGAAAUCAAGUUCAUUUUUCCUGUGCCAAUUCGAGAAGAACUGUGCAACUAUCACCAACCGUUUGCCGCUGAGAGAACUGCUGUUAAAAUCAGAGGCUCUUUGAUGGAAAUCAAUCCUGAACAUCAAGAUUUAAUCUGGUCUUCAAUGCCAAUUAUACAUCUACCAGUUUAUCUGACACCAAAGCUCCUGCAAAUGAUGAAAGUCGCAGGUGCUUAUGAACAACCACCUACUAAGCAUGUAACCAGCAACAUGAGGAACAUCUGUCAGUCGUCCUGUAAAACUGCCAAAUUGAUCGAAACCCGUGCAAAUGUGUUCCGAUGUUCCUAUGCCUACCUGCAAAAAAAUGCAUUUGAAGGACAGCCACUGGCUGGUCUUCCUAUUGUGUUGGUUGAAAAGGACAAAGAACUUGUGAGGACUGAUGACACGUGCCUUUCAGUCCCCUAUGACCAUGAGUUCAGACCAUAUUUGUACCAAAUUCCUGAGGAUGAUGUCAUUUUCAAACCGUUCUUCAAGAAAGUUGGUGUAAUGGAGAGGCCUACUGCAGUGCAGUAUUGUAAUGUUCUCUCAGCAGUUUAUGUUGAUUCUUGUGAUAAACCACAACUAAACCCAAACCAAAUGAAAACCGUGAAACGUGCUGUUCAGCAGUUGUUUCGGUUAAUCAAAGCUCAAGGAAAGCAGUCCCUUCUUGAUGAUGUAAAGACUUUGCAUCUUCCUGCAGUAGAUGGUAAAUUAUACCCGUCAUGCACACUGUUCUGCAAUGACACAGUGUUUGAAACCAAAAGAUUAGAAGAAGCACUGAAGAAUAAGUUCCUGUUGCUUGAAAGACUAAGUGAAUGUCAUUUAGGUAGUGACAUCUAUGAGCAUCAUCGAUUGGUCAAAUUGCUGCCUCUGAAAUUGCAGCCUAAAAUGCUGUCUCACCUCACUGAGGAGAAAGUAGUGGAAAUACAAAUUCAGCUUUGUGAGCUUGAGACUGACUGUGGAUUUAGUGGAUGGUUUGGUAAACAUCUGUCCUCAGUACCAUUCAAACAUGGACUAAUUUGUCUCAUUAGAGGGCAGUCUAAGGGAGAAAUAACACAAAAAGAUGCUUCUGACAUGUGCGAGAAGAUUUUUGGCAGAAUUCAAAUUGUCUGCUGCAAAAACCUGGAAACAAAGCUUUGGCUGGAUAAGCAGCCACUACACAAAACUGCCACUCAAACUGAUGUUUUUGUCAAACGAGAUCAACAAGGUUGCAUAUUUUACCUAAAACACAAUGAUGACAUGGCUGUGAAGGUGAUGCUACAGGUCACUAUGACAUUGACAAAGGAGAUUAAUAAUCUUUUAGGUAACAUAAUUGCAUCAAAUCACCUCUCAGUCCUUGGACAACUUAUCAUGUGUGACAGUCUGCAAGAGGUUCAGAAAAUUCUGGCUAACAAUGGGAUCCAUGACAGUGCUGAAACUGAAAGUGUCUUCAAACCACCAGCACCUGGGACAGAUGUACCAGAGGAAUGGCAUGAUUCCUUAGACAUGAAUGUCCUCAAUAACUUUGAAGAGGGGGAAUAUGUUGCCUACAGCACUAACAACAAGUACAUUUAUGCAGUUAUUGUUGAAGAACUGCCUGGGAACUCUGGACAGUAUUCAUGGAGAUACAAAGUAGAUAUUGGAGAAGAUGAGCCAAUUGAAGUCAGUUGUCUUGAUCUAUAUCAGUUUAAACGAGAAAAGAAGUCAAAACCUCAACGGACAACUUUCACAUCUGCUGAAGCUUCUUGUAUGGAGUUGGAGCCACUAGCAGGUGCUGUGCCACAUUCUUCCCAAUCGUCAACUACGAGUUCCUCAUCUACAAGAUCCUCACCAGCCUCUGUUGAUGAAGCUAAAAUGGAAAUUGACAAAUGUUUGGCAGAGAUCUGGCCUCUUCCUGAGGAGGAGAGGCAAAAAGCCAUCAAGCGACUGUACCUUAGAUGGCAUCCUGAUAAAAAUCCUGACUGCCAGUCUCUCGCAACUGAGGCAUUUAAAUACUUGAUGAAUCGAAUUGAUGAGCUCAGGAAGGGCAAAGGCAAAGGUAAAACUGGAGGUUCGUCCUGUCCAAGGGGAAACUCAAACUUCCAAGACUUCUACCAGCAGUGGAAUCAGGAGGCCAGGCAUCACAGAGAUGGUCGAGAGAGAUUCUCUAGAGGUUUCCAUUCCUACAACUUUUGGACCCAUAAUGGAAAUGUUCCAAGGCCGAACAAAGAGGAGGCCCAGCGCUGGUGCAGACAGGCUCGCUGUGAUCUCGAUGCAGCUUACAAAGACACUGGUGGGGGGAGCACAGAAUGGUGUCUGUUUAAAGUCCAUCAAGCAGUGGAAAAGUCUCUCACAGCUGCAGAGUAUAAAAGACACGGUCAACCUCCCAGUGGCAGCUCCAUUUCAGCCCUUGCUAUGAAAGUUUCCCACUUCAACCCUCAACUGAGCGUUCUGCCUCAAAUUGUGCAAAAUCUGAAGAUGCUGGGAGUAGAUCCCAAAAAGACUCAGUAUCCCAACUGCCACCCAUAUCCCCACAUCCCAAAUGGACAGUUCAGAUCAGAGAACGAAAUGCAAGCACUGAACAAAGCAGCUGAGCUUCUCACUACAGUAGAGGCAUAUGUGAAUUAGGGAUUCAAGACAAGCAGACAUGUCAUGCUGGAAAAGUCAAUUUAAGAUUUGCUUGUUUAAAAAAAAAAAAAAAAACUU